GCUCGGCCGCCGGCGCCUCUAGAAAGUUCUCCCCCCACGUCCCUCGCGGCCGCCCGGCUCCUCCCAGCCCCUCCCUCCGAGGCGGUGGGACCAAUCGCUCCCCCGGCCGCCCACGACCCCACCUCCUCCUCCGCCCGCGCCCGCGCCCGAGCAGAGAGGUGCGCGAGCCCCGACCCGCUGCCCGCACCGCCGCGCACACUCCGGCGCCCGCUGCCCGAGAAACGGCGUGAUGACCGCCGAGGAGACGAAGGCGGCCGAGAGCGGAGCGCAGUCGGCGCCGCUGCCCCUCGAAGGGGUGGACAUCAGCCCCAAGCAGGAUGAAGGGGUGCUUAAGGUCAUCAAGCGAGAGGGCACCAGCACAGAGACACCCAUGAUUGGGGACCGAGUCUUUGUCCACUACACAGGCUGGCUGCUCGAUGGCACCAAGUUCGACUCCAGCCUGGACCGCAAGGACAGGUUCUCCUUCGACCUGGGGAAAGGGGAGGUCAUCAAGGCUUGGGAUAUUGCUGUAGCAACCAUGAAGGUGGGUGAAGUGUGCCAUAUCACCUGCAAGCCGGAGUACGCCUAUGGCUUAGCGGGCAGCCCCCCGAAGAUCCCUCCCAACGCCACGCUUGUGUUUGAGGUGGAGCUGUUCGAGUUCAAGGGUGAGGACCUGACAGAAGAGGAAGACGGCGGGAUCAUCAGGAGAAUACGGACACGGGGGGAGGGCUAUGCCAAGCCCAACGAAGGCGCUAUCGUGGAGGUUGCACUGGAAGGGUACUUCAAGGACCAGGUGUUUGACCGGCGGGAGCUCCGCUUUGAGGUCGGCGAGGGGGAGAGCAUGGAUCUGCCCUGUGGGCUGGAGAAAGCCAUCCAGCGCAUGGAAAAAGGAGAACAUUCCAUUGUGUAUCUCAAGCCCAGCUAUGCUUUCGGCAGCGCUGGGAAGGAGAAGUUCCAGAUCCCACCCAAUGCUGAGCUGAAGUAUGAAAUACAUCUCAAGAGUUUUGAGAAGGCCAAGGAGUCCUGGGAGAUGAGUUCAGAGGAGAAGCUGGAGCAGAGCACCAUAGUGAAGGAGCGAGGCACUGUGUACUUCAAGGAAGGCAAGUAUAAGCAAGCUGUGCUGCAGUACAAGAAGAUUGUGUCGUGGCUGGAAUACGAGUCCAGCUUCUCUGAGGAGGACACACAGAAGGCGCAGGCCCUUCGGCUGGCCUCCCACCUCAACCUGGCCAUGUGUCAUCUGAAGCUACAAGCCUUCUCCGCUGCCAUUGAAAACUGUAACAAGGCCCUGGAACUAGACAGCAACAAUGAGAAAGGCCUCUUCCGCCGGGGAGAGGCCCACCUGGCAGUGAAUGACUUUGAUUUGGCAAGGGCUGACUUCCAGAAGGUUCUGCAGCUCUACCCCAGCAACAAGGCGGCCAAGGCCCAGCUGGUCGUGUGCCAGCAGCGCAUCCGCAAGCAGCUUGAGAAGGAGAAGAAGCUCUACGCCAACAUGUUUGAGAGGCUGGCUGAGGAGGAGACCAAGGCCAAGGCCGCAGUGGCUGCGGGAGACCAGCCGGCUGACGCCGAGAUGAGGGACGAGCCGAAGAACGACGUGGCUGGGGGCCAGCCUCAGGUGGAGACGGAAGCAUAGCCUUGCCCCAGCCCUGUCCCCAUGGCUGCCUGCCUGCCCCCCCCACCCCCACCCUACUCCACCCUGUUAGUUUUGUACAAACUGAAGAAUUUUGAGUGAAUUAGACCUUUAUUUUUCUAUCUGGUUGGAUGGUGGCUUUGGGGGAAGGGAGAGAGGAGCAGGCUGAGGGGUGGGGGGGUCAUUUUAGGUGGUGUCUCCCCUCCCCCCACUCCAUUCCACGUGAGUGAAUGUCCCUCCACACGCACACUCAUCAGAAUGUUAAUUUAUUUUGCUUCCUGUUUGCUGUGUCCAUUUCUCAGAUAGUAGAAGGGGUGAGUGGUAGGGAUGUGAGGUCCGACAAGAAGGCAGGGUGGACAGGGAGACUCCUCCUGGGCAGCCACUUCCCCUCCUCCCUCCUCCCGGUCCGUUUCCAAACACGCGGCCUCCACGUGGGUGCUAGGGGCAUGGGAAAACCACUGCUGUGCCCGUUACCUCCACUCCCUUCCUCCUCAGCCCAGUUGUCGUGGCUGAUGCUGUCUUCUGGUGUCAUGGUGACCACCCUUGUACCCCCUCCUGUCAGUGUCCCUUUUCAGCCAGGUCGCAUCCCCACCCCCUCAGCCUCUUCUCUGCACGUUGCUGAAGGUCCAGGCUUGCCUCAAGUUCCGUGCUUGAGCAAUAAAGUGGAAACACUAAAAACUG